AUGAGGACAGCACUGAACGCCACCGCCGCCGUAGAUAGUGUUGGAUUGCAGCGGUGGAAAUCUCCGGUUCCGUAUCUUUUUGGUGGGUUGGCACUAAUGUUGGGACUCGUAGCUUUUGCAUUGAUGAUUCUUGCCUGCAGCUCGUACAGAAAAUCCUCCAACACCGGUGAAUCAAGUGAUGCAGAAGAAAAGAUGGCGAAGCCCAUUGAUAGGGUUUUGCAGCCGGAAAUGGAGCAGAGGAUUGUCGUAAUCAUGGCCGGAGAAACCAUCCCUUCGUACCUGGCAAAGCCUGCUGGCGCUGCCUCCACCUGUCACACAGAAGAAGUUUGA